UUAUACGAUACGAAUUCAGAUUUGGGCAUUAUGAACAAGAAUCGAGGUCGAAGGUAUUCAAUUCCGGAGAGCAGCGAGGCGGGUGAGCAGUCACAGUUAGUGGCGGCCCAAAUGGAGCCGCUCCAUCACUGUCCUCCGCCACCAGCGCCACCAAUUGGUAUUAGCAGCAAUUCGGCUUCAAGCGAAGUUCUGUCGGCAAUCAACGAGCUCAGCCGACAUCCUUCGUCAAAUGAUGCGUUGAGUGGUGCGCCAGGCAUUUCGCCCGGUCCAAUUCCUUCGGGAAGGUCUGUGCGACGUGGGCCACACACUCCGCCAUAUCCGCCGAAUUCGCCAGAUUCUAGGAGUCCAUCGCCGAUAGCGACCGACAAUCCAUCCAACAUCAAUUUCAUGGCAAACCUAGCGCCAGCUGCCGCAGAAGCCGCUGAACCUGCAGCAGCAGCAGUACCAGAGGGCGACGAUGAUCGAAUUCUGGUGCUACCGACAGUAAAUUUGUGCAAUCCAACUUAUACCAACAAUGCAGCAGUGGGUGCAUAUCCAGGGAACACCGCGCUUCCUUCUCAGAUGCCGCCUCUGUUUUCAAAUAUGCCGCCGAUGCAGCAGCACUUCCCGAUGAUCCCUUCCGGAGUUUUCCAACCGACAGCUUGGGCACAAAACAAUUAUGCUAUGUACUCUUUUCCUCCAUCCAUUUCGAGCGAGCAAAUGGUACCCAAUGCCGAAAUGCCAGGAGUGCUCCCGCCACCACCGCCACCGCCUCCACCACCACCUCCACCACCACCACCCCCACCACCGCCACCACCUGCAGCCCGUACAGCAGCGAUGGGCAAGCUCCCACAAGUGCCGAUAGGCAACGCUGCAAGAUCGGAGUCGUCCAGGGCGCCAAGCAUUUCGAGUGAGGCUUCUAGCAGCACCAGAGUGUUCAGAGAUGACUUAGCUAUGGACCCGAUACUGCGCGAUCUUGCUGAUAUGUCAGCGAAAAGAGCAGCUGCACUGUCGGCCACAGGUGCCACUAAGCGCAAAAGAGUUACUCCGAAAGAUGGUUCAGUGAUACCAAAGGCAAAUUCUAAGGAACCGAGAAUUGCUGCCACUAAAGCUGUUGUAGCUGAUCUAAGAGCAGCUGCUGCGCAGGGGCGUAAUAGAGCGGUAAAAAUUAUGAGAGCAGAAGUGGAAGGAGAUCAGCGUAGAAACAUAAACAGUGGCCCAGAAGUCCGGAAGCCAAAGAAAGCUAACGUCUUCGAGCAGUUUGAUGGUAUGAAUCAGACAGCUGGCAGCUCUCGUCCAGAACCAAAUCGAACUGACGAGAAUGCCAUUCAAGGCACGCUGAAAAAGAAUCUUAGUAAUGGUAGCAGUGUAGCUGUAAUGCAGCAACCAGUAAAUGUUGUCGUGAAGCAGGAAGCGACUAUGGGCGGCCGUGAAACCGAUGAAACGGAUUUUAAUAAUGGUAGUAUUGCAGCUAUGCAGCAGCAGCAGCAGCUGCUGAUGCUGCAAGCAGCAAAUGUUGAGGGGCAGCCGGGGCAGCCGGUUGCAACUCCAGAUCACAGUGAAACCGACGAAACAGAUCCUCGUAAUGAUAGCGGUAGUGCAGCUGCUGAGCAGCAAACGGAGAAUGUUGCCGAGAACCCGGAGGCGACUCUGGAUCGCAAUGAAACCGGCGGAACGGAUCCUAAUAAUGCUAGCAGCGCCAGUAUUGAGCAGCAAGCGGAAAAUGAUGUUGAAAAUCGAAAGGCAACCCCGAUCCAAAAUGAAGCCGAUGAAUCGGGGAAUAACAGCGACGGAUCGGCUUCUCAGAUGGAAUCUGCCGCCGAAUCAGGCAUGGAAAACUUUAUUGUUAUCGCGGACGAAGAAUCGUACAAUCAUGGAGCUCCGGUGUCACGUUCGACUUCGCAGCCGUCCCGCGUCCGUACCCAGAGUCGACUCGAGAUUCAUAUGACUUCAGAACAGUCGGAGGAGCAUGAAAAAGGAUUUGUCGAACUUGGUCCUCCAGCAUCGCCGUCACCGGAGCCACGGUCAGUUAGCUUCCAUCACUCACUGCUUUCGAUUUGA